CAGGCUUUCAGACUUACCCAGGAUGGGGCUGUGGCAGGAAGGGGGCAGUGCUCAUCCUGGGGUCAGCUCCUGCCCAUGACCAUGGCCUUCAGGGGCCCUGAGCCCUGGCUCCCUGCAACCCAGCUCAGCCAGAGGCUGAAGGCCGAGGAGAAGACCUUGGAUCUGGAGUUUGAGGUCCUGAGUGUGGGCUUCAAUGAGGAGGGCAGAUACACCCUGCGGCUGUCUGCUGAGAAUCCUCUACAGGAAGGCUCUGGGGCUGGGGUGCAGUUGCGAGUGAAUGAUGGGGACCCCCUCCCAGUCUGCUCUGCUGUCACCGAUGUCAUUGAGCAGCGGCAUCCUGGGCGGAGCCUCACCCUCACCAGGAACAAGUUUGUCUUUACUUUACCCAAAGGCUUCUGUAAGAAUGAUGGGCAGCAUGAUGCUCGGCUGCGAGUGGAGGUCCUAAGGCUGGGUGGAGCGGCGGGCCAGGGGCGCCAGCAGUGUGUGGGUCAGGCCAUCUUCCCCAUCUACCCACGGCCUGAGCAGCCCCCCAUGAACCUCACGGCGCAAGAGCAUGAGGACCUGUACCGCUACCAUGGCAGCCUGGCUCUGCUUCGGGCUGGCCCAGACCCCACGGCCCGCCACUGCGGGGGCCUGGCCUACAAGGUGGCCUUCCAUGUGCACCAGGGCCUGGGGUCCCUCCAGCCAAGAAUGGUGUCAUCAUGUCCAGAGCCCCAGCUGCAGAUUCCCAGGGAGGCUUUGAGUGACCACAGCACAGAGGUCUCUGCUGUGUACCUGCCCUCAAGCCCAUCCAGCCCCCACCAUGACCAGCAGGGCCUCAGCCCCAAACCAGCACUCUGGCAGCCUCAGGUCACUGAGAGCCCGGAGGACGCCCUGAACGCCCCCCAGAGCAUACCACCUAACAUCAGCCACCUGUCUCCCUCCAAUAAGGAGACCAUCAUGGUCACUCUGCAUGGGGCUACCAACCUCCCCUCGUGCGCGGACGGCUCGGAGCCAUGUCCCUACGUGGUGGUGAAAACCACAACUGAGGAAGACAAGUGGAGCUCCAAGGCGGUCACCUCUGUGAGCUCAGAGCCCACCCGAAACCCCAUCUGGGGAGACACAGUGCAAGUGGAGAUCCCUGCGGAGGAGGCGGGGCGAGAAGAUGUGGUCCUCAAGGUGGUGGACAACACAAAUAAAGAGGAGCUCUUGUCUUACGAGAUCCCCGUCAAGUACCUGCGUGUCUUCCACCCCUACCACUUUGAGCUGGGCAAGUCUGAGGUCGACGACAAAGCCACUGCCAAGACCCAGCUGUACACGACCAUCGUUCGAAAAGGCAGCUUCAUCCCCCGCUACAUUGGCUGUGACCACACGGCUUUGGAGGUCUUUCUCAGAGGAGUGAAUGAGCCCCUGGUCAACAACUCCAACCCCAUUGUGGUGAUUGCCCGGGUGGUUCCCAGCCUCAGGGAUUUUAGGGCCACCCAGGCAAGCCGGGACCCAGCCUCCAGGAGGCUGCCCAUCACCCCACUCUCCUUCCCUGUCUCGUCAGUGCUGAACUUUGACGUGCCCCAGGCCAGCCAGGACGGGUGCCCACAGCUGUCCAAGCCUGGGGGGCCCCCAGAGCUGCCAGUGUGGAACCAGUCUUUCCUCUUCCAAGGCCGAGACGGUGCCACCAACUUCUCAGAGGACACAGCCCUGGUGCUGGAGUACUACCCCUCCACUUCAGCACAAGGCAGCACACCGUGGACCCUCAGCCAGCCCCUGGGCAUCUCUGUGCUGCCGCUGAAGAGCCGGCUCUACCGCAAGAUGCUCAGAGGGAAAGACUUGAAUGGGCUGCAUGUUGAGCGGCUUCCCAUCACCAACACCACCCUGGAAACCAUCAAUGGUGAGGCGCCCACGGUGGACCUCUCCUUCCAGCUGCUUUCCUCCGAGAGGCCUGAAAACUUCUUGACACCCAACAACAGCAAGACGCUGCCUACCCUGGACUCCAAGAUCCUAGAUGAGAAGCUGGGUACCAUCCGUGAACCCUGGUUCAAGUCCUCCGUGAGCUCAACGGACUCCAGCGCAUCCACCUCUCAGGAAGUAGAGGAGGAGCCUGAGAUCACGUCACGUGACAUGGAAAUGAACAACUACCGGCGGGCCAUGCAGAGGAUGGCAGAGGACAUCCUGUCGCUACGGAAACAGGCCAGCCUCUUGGAGGCGGAGAACCAGUUGCUAAGGCACCGCCUGGUCCAGCAGGAGGUGGAAGAGAUCAGGGCUGAUGAGCCCCAGGACCUGGCAAUGUCCGUGAGGCACAAGCUGCUGUUGAACAACCUGGACACAAAGAAACUGAGGGACAAAGUGCAGCACCUGCAGAACGAGCUGAUCCGGAAGAAUGACCAAGAAAAGGAGCUGCUGGUGCAGUAUCAGUCGCAGCAGCCGAAGGCCGCCCUGCUGAGGCGGUACCAGGACAAGCUGCAGAAGAUGAAGGCGCUGGAGGACACCGUGCGGCACCAGGAGAAGGUGAUAGAGAAGAUGGAGCGGGUGCUGGAGGACCGGCUGCUGCGGGAGAGGAAGGAACACGCGCCCUCCAGCAGGCCGCCGGGACAGCCACAUGCAGCUUUCUCCAUGCCCUCAGCCUCUGGCCUCCAACUGGGUUCCACUGGAGAGAACCUGCCUGUCGACCUUUACUCAGUGUUGCUGGCAGAAAACUCAAGGCUACGGGCUGAGCUGGAAAAGAACCACCACCAAUCAGCCCCUAUCAUCCUGCAGCAGCAGGCCCUGCCGGUGGACCCCAGGGAGUUGGGAGCAGGUGGAGACUUGGCAGAGAGGAUGCGAAAGGCAGAUGGCCCAGGCCACUACAAGUACACAGAGACCCUGCCUGCACAGGAUCUCCUUGCCAGUACUACAGACAAAUUUAACCUCAUGGCCAAGCUGGAGCAGGCUCAGAGCCGGAUCUUGUCCCUGGAAAGCCAGUUAGAGGACUCAGCCCGACGAUGGGGCCGAGAGAAGCAGAACUUGGCCACGCGGCUGCAGGAGCAAGAACAUGGCUUCGGGCGCCCCCCAAACCUCCUCGUCACAGACCAGCCUAAUGUCUCGACCCAUGCCAACAACCUCAAGCAGCCCUCAAAGCAGGAAGUCUCGCUGCCCAAGUCAGACCCCAAGGCCAGCUGGCCUUCAGACACCCAGGUGGAGACCUCCAGCUUCCAGCAGACCUGAGCCCUGCGCAGGCCUCCUCCUUCCCUGUGCACUGGGCAGAAUCACCCCACCCCUAAAGAAGACUUUAUUAAAUGCUUAAGCUCAA